CUGCUGGGAUGGGGAGGGGGAGGGGGCGGUUUCCCUGCGCAGCGAGGCUGGCUCGCAGGCAACCGCAGCCGCUCGCCGUGAGGCACCGAGGGCGUGCAGCAGCCGGGAGGGAGCCACCGCAGCUCCGGGGGUCGCGGCCGGGAGCCGCCGACACACAGCCUCGCCAUGCCGAAGAGAAAGGUGACGGUGGCGGACGGGGAGGCCCCCGAGGAGCCGAAGAGGCGAUCGGCGCGGCUGUCGGCUAAACCUGCUCCUGCCAAAGCGGAGCCGAAACCAAAAAAGUUAGCGGCAAAGGAUAAAUCUGAGGAAAAGAAAGCUCAAUCAAAGGGGAAGAAGGGGCCUAAAGGAAAACAGGCAGAAGAGACAAACCAAGAACAGACAAAGGACAACUUGCCUGCAGAAAAUGGGGAAGCUAAAAGUGAGGAGACCCCAGCAGCUGAUGCAGCAGUAGAGAAAGAAGCUAAGUCUGAGUAACAUUGGGUACCAAGUCUUUAACUGGUGGUCCUUAUACCUUUCUUCUUGUACAAUUCAGAGGAAUAUUUUUAUCAACUAUUUUGUAAAUGCGAGUUUUUUAGUAGUUCUAGAAAACACAUUUUUAAAAAGGAGAGAAUCCCAACUCAACCCAUUUUUUUACAUAUUUAGAUAAGUGUAAAUGCUUUUUUUAAGUGGUAAAAUCAUGUACUGGUUGUCUGUUUUCUAUGAAACCAGAAAUUAAUGGCAUAUUACAUUAAGGAGAGGGCUUGGGAGCCUUUAGGCUUCACGUUCAAUAGACUGAGGGACAGUUUUUCUAUCCUAUUAAUGAAGCAUAACACAGAUCAGACUUUGGAAUUCAUAAUAUGUUGAGAAUGUCUUAACAUUUUAGUUAUUUAUCUGUGGUUGUACCAUCAGUAGAAUUGCUUAUCUAAUAAAACUGCUCCCUAGUGUUGGAUUUCUUGCUGAGUGAUGUUAUAUCUGUGACAAAGUUAUUUCUUGUAGUUGCAGCUUAUUUUUCCCAGCAACUUUGUAGCUGUGAUGUGAAAGAUUGGAAACCUUUUAUUAUAUCUUUAAAUACUGGCUAAGUAGAAGUUUUUUCUUGGCAGAUGUAACUUGUUAGGUCCGUGUUUGAGGUACUGGAACUUCACAUUCAGUUUUAAAGGACAGCUUGUCUACAAAUAUCGAACAAAAAGUAUUUGAAAUAGUCUUAGGAAAGAGAACCACAAUAGUUUUUAGAUUUAAAAAACUAUGUGAAUAAAAAAAAAAUGUAAGAUUGUUCAUAGUGUCUGUGAUCACCAAACAGAAGCCAAAUAAAUCUUGAUUAUGAAAGGA